AAAACCACCAACCAACCACCACUAUCGCCACCACCGCCAUCACCACCACCGCUGAGGAUGAACAGUGAGACCUCCUCAGUGAGACCCCUUCAGUGGGACCUUAGUGGAACCUCAUCAGUGGGACUUUCGAGUGUAACGCUCCCGGGUGGCUGGUGCUGUAACUCAGUGGGAUGUCCUUGGUGGGACCUCCUUGGUGGGACCUCCCUGGUGGGACCCCCCUCAGUGGGACCCAGCGAGAGUGACGCUCCCUUAUGGGGGUUGGUGUUCACUCCUCAUCGGCUCUCUUCGCGCCUCCUCUCCUCUCCGAGUAUUAGUGAGUACAAUACAAAGUCGUCGAGGGACCUCUGCACUACACCGCGCCGGGAAGGUAAAUGACACGUUGAGUUUGUUGAGUCAGCGUUAGGGACACAGUGAUAACUCGCCUUCCCUUCCAGGUACACUUCGCUAACUUGCCUUCCCCUUCCAGGUACGCUUAACUAAAUGGUCUUCUGUUUCAGGUACGCUAAUGCAUAACUUUAAGUCUUACUCAGGUAGCGUGGCGUAAGCUCCCUCAUUUCCUGUCUCCGCAGCACGAUUCCUUUGUAGCGAUGGAGUGAAGUGGGGCUCUAUCAGGAAACUUUUGAGGUAAGAUGUACUUCGUUUUCCUUCAGACCAUGGGGAGGUAAGGUACUCCUUUCGCUUUGCAUUAAAUUGUGAGGAUAAGAUGUUAUUUUUCAUUUAUAUUUAUAGGUAUUAACAAUUCAGCAGUCUAUCGGAAACUAUU